AUGCCUCGCAAGUCGCGGCGCACUGUGCAGCGCGCGGACCCUGCGCUCGACAGGCGUACGUGGCGUCCUGCGACCGGCCGCGCCGCUACGGCGUCAGAGGCGGAGGGCGAGGCUUCGGCAGCGGCUCGCAAGACGCCAAAGAAGGGCAAGGAGCCAAAGAUCGGGCUGCUCCAGCUCCUUCACUUUGCGACGCCGCUCGACUACCUCUGCCUCUCCAUCGCCGUGCCGUGCGCCGCCGGGACCGGCUUUCUGCAGGUCUCGAUCCUCUUCAUCUUCGGCGCGCUGCUCGACUCGCUGGGCUCCACCUCGGCGGGGCGACGGGUGUGCUGGUGCCCGAAACCUUCUCGCUCGGAAGCCGGCCAGCUUAGAUGCGGCAUCACAGUAUUAAGGCAGAGCAUGAAAGUCAAGAUUGUAAUCGUGAUCAUAACUGCACUGGUAAGGAAAAGCUGGGAGAUGCCGCUCUGGUUCUGGUUCGUCUUGCUCGGCCUCGGCCAGUGGAUCCUCUGUACGGUCUACAACGGCCUCACCGACACCGCAAAGGAGCGAAUGAUCGCGCGGCACGCUAGAUGGGGGGAUGCAGAUGGGGGGGGAGGCGAGGGCCUCAAGACGAUUGAGGAGGCGCUGUCGCCAAAGGCCUCCCCCCCCCCCCCCCCCCCUCGAGCCGUCAUCCUCUUCGAGUGGCUAGCGAUGGCCGUCACCGGCUGGGCCCUCUGCUUCAAGUACGAGUGGCGCGUCGCCCUCAUCAUCCUCGCCUGUUCUCCGCUUGUGCUGCUCGGAGGCGCGCUGAUGGGGUACGCGCAGCAAAACGGGCAAAAGAGCGUCGUCGACGGGUACGCCGAGGCGGGCGCGAUCGCGACCGAGGUGCUUGGCGCCGUGCGGACCGUCGCAUCGCUCGGCCUCGAGACGCUGUCGGCGAGCCGGUACGACGCGGCGUUGCACAAGGCGCAGCGCGCGGGCAUCAAGGCGCCUCUGCCCGUGUCUCUGCUCGUCGGGCUUGGCAUGGCGAUCCUCUUCUCGGCACCAAACGUGAUGAUGGGCGCCGGCCUGAUCUACGGCACGUCGCUGCUCAAGGACGCUCGCACGGAGCGCCAGAUGCAGCACUCUUUCCUCGUCCGGACGGCGGGCGGGUUCAACACGACGCUGCAGCUCUGCGCCAAGCCGUGCGAUGAGUACAACCUGGCCACCGCCAACGCCGACUACAACACCACGCUCGCGCUCUACAACCACAACACCCUCUCGCCGGCCACGCCGCGCAGCUGCGCAGAUUUUGGCGCCAAGGUGCUGACUUGGACGUGCUUCACGGCGGAUCUGACCGUCUCCUCGGGCCUCUUCGACGCGGACGCGUGGGCCACGCUCUCCUUCUCGUCGAGCGACAGCAGCCCGCUCACCUUCCUCGAGGUGCCCGGCCAGCCCGCCCUCCUCGACGACGCCUCCUUCCGCUCGUACUUCGAGCAGCAGACGGGCGGCUGGACUUGCGCCGUCCUCCCGGCGGCCGUGCUGCUCGCCAUCUUUGCGCUCCAGAACGGCGCCCAGGGUCUCGGCAACGUGGGCCAGCCCGUCAACAUCAUCGCAAAGGGGCGGCAGGCCGGCGUCGCGAUUCUGCAGACCAUCCGCCGCGUGCCUGCAAUCGACUCCUUCUCGACGGCCGGUACCACGCUCGACAGCGUCACCGGCGCAAUCGAGGUUGUCGAUGUGGUCUUUGCGUACCCCUCAGCGCCGGAGCGGACAGUCUGCCACGGCUACUCCCUCUCGAUCGGCGCGGGGCAGACGGUGGCGCUGUGCGGCCCGUCCGGCAGCGGCAAGUCGACUCUCGUCGCGCUGCUCGAGCGCUUCUACGACCCGCAGGGCGGCGCGAUCACCCUCGACGGUGUCGACAUCCGCACGCUCAACCUGCGCUGGCUCCGCUCCCACCUUGGGCUGGUGGGGCAGGAGCCGGUGCUCUUCGAGGGCACCGUCGCGGAGAACAUUGGCUACGGCAAGGAGGGCGCCUCGCAAGACGAGAUCGAGGAGGCGGCGCGGGCGGCGAACGCGCACGGCUUUGUGAUGGACAGCCUGCCCGACGGCUACGCCACUCAAGUUGGGCAGGGCGGAGGCAUGCUUUCGGGCGGCCAGAAGCAGCGGGUGGCGAUUGCUCGCGCCAUCGUUCGCAAGCCGGCGGUGCUGCUGCUGGACGAGGCGACGUCGGCGCUGGAUACGGCCGGGGAGCGGGUGGUGCAGGCGGCGCUGGACAAUAUCGUGUCGCAGCACAAGCGGACGACGGUCACCAUUGCACACCGCCUCUCGACAAUCAAGCAUUCCGACAAGAUCGCCGUGCUGCAGGACGGCGCGGUGGUGGAGGAGGGCACGUACCAGGAGCUUCUCGACCUCGGCGAGGGCGGCGCAUUUUUCAAGCUGGCGCAGGCGCAGGAGAAGACCGAAGGGGGGCGGCUGCCCUCAGUCGGCUCCGGCAUGGACCUCGCUUCCCUCGCCGAGGUGACCCUCAGUUCGGUCACGGCGGAGGCGACCGGCGCGGGCAGCGGCUGGACCGGAGGCAAGGCGGAGGGCGGCAAGCAGCGGCGCAAGGGCAAGGGUGGUAAGGAUGCGCCGCCCAAGAAUGUGAUCCGGCGGCUGCUCUCAAUGCAAAACAAGGGCGGCGCGUGGUGGAGCGACGUGUGGUACCUCUUCGCCGGCGCUCUGGGCACGCUGCUCGUGUCGGCGUUCUGGCCGUCCAUCGGCGUGCUGUUUGCAGAGCUGCUCACGACGCCCUUCACGCCAAACCCGGACGAGGUUGCGAGGCAGGGUGUCUUCUGGGGCGCCCUCUUCAUGGUCUCCUUCCCGCUCUGCCUUGUCUGCUCCCUGCUCCAGUCGGGCGGGCUCGGUGUCGCGGCGGAGCACCUGACGCGCAACCUCCGCUCGCACAGCGUCUCAAAGUGGCUGACGAUGGAGAUUGCCUUCUUCGACGAGGAGGCAAACUCGUCGGGCGAGCUGACGCAGUUCUUGGGCGAGUCGGCGUUGAGCGGCGAGAAGCUCGGCCAGCUGCUGCAGCUCAGCUUCACACUGGUGGUCGGCCUCUCGCUCAUGUUUGCGCUGGGCGACUGGGCGGUCUCGCUGGUCGUCCUCGGCGCGCUGCCGCUGAUGGGGGUGGCCAUGACGCUCCAGGUCACCCUCGUGGCGGGCGGCAAGGUUGGCGACGCAAAGACGGAGGGGGCUGGCCGGCGGGCGGCGGCGAGCCGCUCUGCGGGCGCCCUCAUCAGUGAGGUCGUCCUAGGGAUCCGGACGGCCGCCUGCUUCCCGCGGCAAGACACGGGCAGCGGCGUCGCCUCCUUCACGGCGGAGCACAAGCUGUUCGCCGACUACAGCGCCAUCGCCAUGUGCCGCAAUUGGGCGAUCGCGUUCGUGACGGGCUUCGCUAAGGGGCUCAUUAUCAUGAUCUUUGGCGCCAUCUUCGAGUGCGAAGCAUGCGCCAUCUUCGAGUUCGGCAUGUGGCGCGUCCGCACGAGCGACGCGGCGCUGCCCGGCGCGCCCGAGGCGUCCUCUGACCCGGACGAGUGCGCGGGGUCGCUGGACCUGUCUGGAAGCGACGCCGUGAUGUUCCUGAUGGCGGCGAGCGUCGGCGGGUCGGCGUCGCAGGCGACGGACGCGAGCAAGGCCAGCGCCGCGGCCGCCGCCUACUUCAAGCGCGUCGACCGCCCCUCUUUGCUCGACCCUACCAGCGACGAGGGCGAAACCCUCCUCAGCGUCACCGGCGCAAUCGAGGUUGUCGACGUCGUCUUUGCGUACCCCACCCGCCCCGACUUCACCAUUUGCCACGGCUACUCCCUCUCGAUCGGCGCGGGGCAGACGGUGGCGCUGUGCGGCCCGUCCGGCAGCGGCAAGUCGACUCUCGUCGCGCUGCUCGAGCGCUUCUACGACCCGCAGCGCGGCGCGAUCACCCUCGACGGUGUCGACAUCCGCACGCUCAACCUGCGCUGGCUCCGCUCCCAGCUUGGGCUGGUGGGGCAGGAGCCGGUGCUCUUCGAGGGCACCGUCGCGGAGAACAUUGGCUACGGCAAGGAGGGCGCCUCGCAAGACGAGAUCGAGGAGGCGGCGCGGGCGGCGAACGCGCACGGCUUUGUGAUGGACAGCCUGCCCGACGGCUACGCCACGCAGGUGGGUCUCCGCGGAGGCAUGCUUUCGGGCGGCCAGAAGCAGCGGGUGGCGAUUGCUCGCGCCAUUGUUCGCAAGCCGGCGGUGCUGCUGCUGGACGAGGCGACGUCGGCGCUGGACAAUGAGAGCGAGCGGGUGGUGCAGGCGGCGCUGGACAGUAUCGUGUCGCAGCACAAGCGGACGACGGUCACCAUUGCACACCGCCUCUCGACAAUCAAGAACGCGGACAAGAUCGCCGUGCUGCGCAAGGGCGCGGUCAUCGAACAAGGGUCGCACGAGGAGCUGCUCGAGCUGGGCGGCACCUACCUCGCCCUGUGGGAGGCACAGCAGUGA